GUGGAUCGCAUUGACGAGCGCGGCACUGCCUUGUGCGACAUGUCGUGUCUGUUUGGCCUUCGGCACGAGAUCUCCAUCGUCAGUGAGGAGGAUAGUGUCUUCGUGAAGGUUCCCCUGGAGCAGCUAAACCACGCCCUUACCUUGUACCAGAAGGACCAUGAGGUCAUCCACAACAACGUGCUCAAGCUAACGCCAGAUCCCUCAGCUGAGCAGGAUGGCAAUGAGGAGAACCCCGAGAAUCAAGUGCUCGGCGGCAUGGGCAUCUGGGGGGAGGACGACGAUGACAUGGCGAAAUCCCAGGCUUCACACACCUCGCGGCGGCGGCGGAAGCGCAAGGAAGGUGCUGUAGACCUUGUUGCAGAGUUGACGUUGCACGACCUAUCCCUGGAGGGAGUUGCGAAAGUACGGAAGCUCAUCAAACAGUUCCAGAAGACACAGGAGCAGGAGCGCAUUGGCGACUUUAUUGCCUAUGCAGCUCAGGGUAAGCUGGAGCAGAUGGAGGCUAUGCUCAGGAGUAACAAGGUCAGCGUGAGCUGCGUGAACUGGGACCAACGCACUGCCUUGCACGUUGCUGUCAGCAACGGGCAUGUCAGCAUCGUUGAGAAGCUGAUCAUGGAGUACUCAGCCCCCCUCACGGUUCAAGAUCGCUUUGGCCAUACUCCGCUGGACGAUGCCGUGCGUGAGCGCCAUGCGGAGGUUGCUGAGUUUCUCAUGGAGGCAUCUGCGGAGUUCAAAGGCGGUGUUUCAGCUGCAGUCCAGCUGUGCGAAGCGGCAGCUAACGGCGAAACGGCCCAGCUCGACCUUCUGGUGGAUGUGGAUCCCAAUCUCGGCGACUAUGACAAUCGGACUGCACUUCACUUGGCCUCUUCCAAUGGUCACCUGGAGACCAUCACGAAGAUGUUGGAAUUUCCAACUUUGGACCUCAGCCCUCUCGAUCGCUUUGGCCAAACUCCACUGGACGACGCAAUUCGCCAUGAGCAUGUUGCAGUGCAGAGGCUCCUCAAAUCCGAGGGCGCUCAGAUGGGCAAAGUGGAGUUUGGGGUGGCCUUGUGCGAGGCAGCGUCGCAGAACGAUCAUGCCAAGAUCCGACAGAUGAUAGAAGCAGGCGUCAGGGCAGGCAUGGCAGAUUACGACUAUCGCACAGCACUGCAUUUGGCAUGUUCGAACGGCCAUCUGGAGACGUGCGUCUUUCUGCUGCGCGAGGGUAAGGUGGAUCCGAACCCCUUGGACCGCUUCUUGAACACUCCAAUGGAUGAUGCCGUACGCCAUGGACAGCAUGAUGUCGUGCAGCUACUUGUGAAGUACCGCGGUCGACCGUCCCAAGAUGAGGAGAUGCAGGGCGGAGUGCGCAGUGAGUUCAUCAAUGCCAUGGAGGAGGAGAGCAACCGUAAAGAUGCGGAUAAGUUGGAGAAGGAGCUGAAGACCAAUGGCUUUGCGGAAGUGUUGGAGAAGGUCGUCAAGCUCCGCUCAGACAUUGAGAAUGAAGUCCAUCAGUUCAUCCAAAGCGCGACAAACAUUCGUUAUGACCUCUGCCGCAUUCUCCAUAUGUCUAUGAUAGUCAGCGAUGAUUCAGCCCGGGGCAAGUUUGAGCUGGAGGAGUUCAUGCAGGGCUACCAGGAUGAAACCACGACGGUGCAGAGGUUGAAGCUUCUCAUGGAGAGGGACGUGAAGAAUUACGACAACACUGCGGCGAAGAUCCUGCAGCACAUCGAUGAGGA